UGUGAACGGAAGCAACAAUAGCAGUGUGUGCGUGUGUGUGCGCGCGUGUGUAAGAGCAGAUCAAUCAGCCGCUCACAGACUGAUCAGGAUGUCGUUCCAGAACAAGAAGAGCAGCGCGAGGCCCGCGGGCGACCGUCUGAUCAUCAAAGGAGGGAAGAUCGUCAACGACGACCAGUCGUUCUAUGCUGACGUCUAUGUUGAGGACGGGACCAUCAAACAGAUUGGUGAGAACCUGAUCGUCCCCUCUGGUGUGAGGACGGUGGACGCGUACGGUCAGCUGGUGAUCCCUGGAGGCAUCGACGCCAACACCAACCUGCACGCUCCGCAGGAAGGCCUGAACCCAGCCGACGACUUCUACCAGGGAACCAGAGCCGCCCUGUCCGGAGGAACCACCACCAUCAUGGACCAUGUGCUGGUGGAGCCCGGGACUAGUUUACUGUCAGCAUUUGAUCAGUGGAAGGAGAUGGCAGAACAGAGGGCGUGCUGUGACUUCUCUUUUCACCUGGACAUCACUCGCUGGCAUGAAGGACUGUACGAGGAGCUGGAGACGCUCGUCAAGGAUAAAGGUGUGAACUCCUUCCUCUUCUUCAUGGCCUACAAAGAUAAAUAUCAGAGCUCCGACUCUCAGCUUUAUGAGGCGUUCGGGGUUCUCCGUGAUCUUGGAGCCAUCGCCCAGGUCCACGCUGAAAAUGGUGACAUCAUCGAUGAGGAACAGAAGAAGCUUCUCUCUCUUGGCAUCACUGGACCUGAAGGACACGUUUUAUCUCACCCUGAGGAGGUGGAGACAGAGGCGGUGUAUCGGGCUGUCACUAUUGCCAAACAGGCCAACUGUCCACUGUACGUUACCAAGGUGAUGAGCAAAUCUGCUGCUGAUGUCAUCGCCAAAUCAAGGAAGAAAGGUAUUGUGGUGUACGGGGAACCUAUCACAGCCAGCUUGGCCACUGACGGCUCUCACUAUUGGUCCAAAGACUGGGCCACAGCUGCUGCUUUCGUCAUGAGCCCGCCCCUCAACCCAGACCCUUCAACUCCACAGUACCUGACCUCUCUGUUAGCCUGUGGGGACCUCCAGGUGACAUCCAGCGCUCACGCCAGCUUCUCUACCGCUCAGAAAGCUGUUGGUAAAGAUGACUUCACCUUGAUCCCAGAGGGAACCAAUGGGAUUGAGGAGAGGAUGUCGGUGGUCUGGGAUCGAGCUGUGGCUACAGGAAAGAUGGAUGAGAACGAGUUUGUCGCAGUGACGAGCACCAAUGCUGCUAAACUCUUCAACAUGUACCCACGGAAAGGACGCAUCGCUGUAGGAUCUGACGCUGAUAUCGUCGUCUGGAACCCAAAGGAGACGAAAACAUGUUCUGCAAAGACUCAUAACCUGACAGUGGAGAUGAACAUCCUGGAGGGUUUGGAGUUUCGGGGUGUGGCGUCAGUGGUGAUCAGUGGAGGUCGAGUCGUUCUGGAGGAUGGAAAGCUAAACAUGACCGAAGGCUCGGGACGCUUCAUCCCCAGAAAGGCUUUCCCUGAUGCCGUGUACAAGAGGAUCAGAGCUCGCAGCAAGAUGGCAGAGGCUCGUGGCGUCCCCCGUGGAAACUACGAUGGUCCAGUCCAUGAUGUCAUCAGUGUGACUAAAUCGGUCCCACCCACUCCAACCAGCAGGGGGCCUCCCUGUCCCAAAACCCAGACCGGCCCCCGAAACCUCCACCAGUCAGGAUUCACCCUGGCAGGAGCUCAGAUUGACGACCACAUACCCCGUCGCUCCGCUCAGAGGAUUGUGGCGCCUCCUGGUGGACGAUCCAACAUCACAUCUUUAUCUUAAACAGGACAAAUCACAGGGUCACUGUUACUACAAGACACGACUAAACCCAUCUGCAACCUUUCCAAUCCUACAACUACACAACUAAUACCAGGCUGUGUGAUACACUGCUGCCCAUAAAGUUGGAAUAUUUUUGAACCCUGCCACAACCUUAUAAACCCUACAACUGUCGUACUUAAAUUAGAACAAAAUUCUUCAGCUGGUAUUAAACUGAAUAAUAGUCUCAAAGAUCAAUUUUAACCCUUCGACCUUACAAACCCUAAAACUGCAGAACUAGUAAAAACCCUACAGCUAAUAUACUCGAGCUGAAGUACUGAAUGUUACAGCAGUGGUACUAUGGUACUACCCUACGACAAGUGCUUCAUCCUACAAGUACUACUUAACCCUUUAACAGUAGAACUCCAACUAGUCCUAACCUACAAGAAUAAAACUUAAUACUUCAUCUGUCUGUUUCUACUAAAUCCCACAACGACUGUAUUUCAGCUAAAGUUGUGCUGAAUGUUGAAACAUUGGUAGCACAACCCUACAACCAGUACGAAGCCCCACAGCUACUUCUAAAAUGUACCGUUGUACUUGGCAUGUAGUACUACUGAAUGUUUCGACCAUGGUACUACUACCCAACAACAAGAACUAAACCUUACAACUAGUUCUUAACACUGUAGCGGUUAGUAGGACUUCAUGUUAAUGGCAUGGUUCUUUAAACUGGUCAUCUGAAGUAUUUAACCCUGCUCCUGUUCACUGAACCACAUUCAUCCCCUCAUCAUGUCUGAUAAAGGUAGUAGCAGUAGUAGCAGUAUAACCCCUGAACACACUUCCUGUUUCCUUUAGUACAGACGUGUUCACAUCACUUCAUCCUCAGAAACUCAUCUGAACAGGAUGAGGGUUUUAAAGAACGACCAGUUCGCUUCUCGAACUGGGUUUUCUAGGUUUUCUUAGUUUGAGAUGUAACCUGCUGUGGUUGGUUGUUCCCAGAUGUUUCUAGAUGUUUUUUAUAGACAGAAGGCCUCUUCAAAAUAAUACUUCCUCUUCUCUUCCUUCCCUGACCUUCCUCUGUUCAUUGUACAUAGACUUGUGGUCCUGAAUCCUCUGUAGUCAGUACUCUUAGCUCCACAUUAAUAAUGGGUCUGUAAUGUUUUAUGUCUCCGUCUUAUUGAAGAUGUCUGUGAAGACUCACCCAGGUCAUGGUUAUCCAAGAAGAGCUGAAUCAGGAGCAGCUGGACUUGGCUGUAGAUCCUGAAGACGUUUCAUCCAUGAAGCUUCUUCAGUUCCGUCCUGGCUGUUUAACCUCUGCAGAGUCGUCAUCAGGGCCAUUGAUGUAAAUGGGUUGAUGCUCCUGGCUCAUGUGACGCAAACGUUCAUACAACCAGAGCACAAACAAACCAGCUGACAUCAGUGAUCAUGACAGCAACCUCACAGAGGUUAAAUCCCUUUGUAUUAAUGUGUGAUCUGUUCAUCCGUCUGUGCUGGUCUGUGUUCAGUCCUGUGAUGGUUUCUGUUGGUGGAUUUAAUCUGGACUGACUGAGCUGGACUGCAGGUUUACUGCCCUGUCAUGAUGAACUCUUUUUAAUGUGCUCACACGGUUUUACUCGUUUACUCAUCCUGUUUUCAUUGAUAAACUUCUCAAAAACUAAAAAUGGUGCUAAUGAAUCCGUGGUAGCUUGUGAGCGGCGAUCUCUUCUGUGGCGCAUGCAGCCACGGAUUUGAUCAAACUGGCCUUUUUAGUUUAAAGCCGAGUGACUGAGCUCACCAGUAAACCCUGUUUACCAGUCCACCACGGCUCCACCCCCACCCAGUGUGUGUGAACUAUUACAUUCAUUCAGCUUCAGUGACCGUAGUACUCACACACCGUUCAGACACCGCUGCCGUGCUGUAGCCCAGCUGGUGCUAUGGCAACAACAGAGGAACAGCUGGAUUACAGAGGCAGAUGUGACUCCAACGUGGCAGCGGCGUUCCUACAGGCUGAACCGUUUCUCCAGCAGCUUUUCUGUCCUCACAGAAGCACCGGAGCAGACAUGGAGGACACAGUGUUCGUAUACACAGUGAUCACGUGCAGACGUGCAGGUGUGUAUAUGAGGAAGGGUUACCAUGACGACGGUGCUUCUGUUGUUGUUGUUGUUGUUCGUGUAGUGAAUGUAGAAGUAUUUCCUGUUGUGAUGAGAGCUGCAUGAAUAAACUGUGA